AUGGCUCUGUCUCUGAACAAGGCUGCUACCCGCGCCGUGCGCGCUACGGCCCCGGCUCCCCGCAUGGUGGCCUUCCGCCGUGUGGCCUGCCGCGCUGUGGACAAGGAGCAGGUGCUGGCCGAGGUCCGCGGCAUCAUCAGCGAGCAGCUGGGCACCGAGCUGGAGAAGGUCUCCCCCGGCUCCAAGUUUGUUGACCUGGGCGCCGACUCGCUCGACACCGUUGAGAUCAUGAUGGCCCUGGAGGAGAAGUUUGACAUCACCCUGGAUGAGGAGGGCGCCGAGAAGAUCUCCACCGUGCAGGAGGCCGCCGACCUUAUCGCCGCCCAGGUCGCCAGCAAGUAG